GAUUACAUCUCAAUCUCUCAAUCUCAGCUCUUGCUCUCCCCAUUCGACAUGUUGUUCAAGACUCUCUUCACCGCGGUUGCCGUGGCCGUCUCCGCUCUCGCAGCCCCCCUUGAGGAGCGCGACACGUCCCAAAACAAGCCUCACUUUAACCCCUCGGCGACUUGGGCAUACAACGUCCGCACGGGCGAGAUCGCCUCCACGUCCCGGGGCGUCGUCUCCAAGUUUGACGCCAACAAGGGAAACGACAUCACCGCCCUCCUGACCUUUACCUAUCCCGCCGCCUCCAAGGGAAAGCAGUGCCAGUUCGCCUUCUACCUUAACGACGGCGGCAACUUCCACGGCAGCGGCAAGAUCGACCUCUUCAGCAGCCUCACCCCAGCCCCCGGCACUACCGCCACCUGGCCGCCAGGAAACCAGCGCAACCAGCAUCUCGCCCGCCUCUCCGUCGCACGUGGACAGGAUGCCUCCUACGACGCCACCUACAGCACUUACCUGACCAAGAAGACCCCCUGCAAGGCCCCUGGCACCAAGGAAGGCUUCGAGCUCGUUGGCGUGUACGACAAUGACUUUGUGUCCUGGAACCUCAACCACGCCGGCCCCCGAAUCGUGUACACCUAAGUCCCGCUGUGCUGGGCUAUUGGUUGACGUGAUCGAUUUAUUCUUCUUCGACUUUCUUUGACCUUUUUGGGACUACUUUCUACACUGAGGCGUCGGAUGGAUUGGAUGGCAAGAGCGUUAGAUGGCUGUUUGAUGGUUUUUUGCAGGAUUUACUCCGGUCCUUUCAGCAAGGCGUAAUGCAUCGUCUUGGUCACAGAUCAUAUUCUGUCCUUCCUUGGUAGUGAAACUGAAUAGACACUUCCUUCCUACUCAUCUAUCCCCUUGUGAACGGUGCCUGGAAAGUAGCA